AAGGACAUGCUGCUGCUGAAUAGGUUCUCUGCAUGGCUCUCUGCGUUCGCUGUGCUUUUGCUGACUCAGCCCAUCUCCACAUCAGAGGUCAUGGCCUGUGGAGCUGCGGUGGAUCCACCUGCUAAUAUUGAGAUAACAGAUCCUGGCUUUCUGGGUUACCUCAAUAUCCAGUGGACUCGUCCAGCUAGCCUUCAGAACCUCACGGGCUGCACAGUGCGAUACCAGCUCCGAUACUUUGACACCUACGAGGAGCGAUGGAGGAGUGUUCGAACUGUCAAACUGACCUACGCUGCCCAGUUUGACCUUGAGAAACCAGUCAAAUUGAGAAUCCUCACUGUACUGAAGUGCGCCUGUACCAACGGGACAGAAGUCCAGGGAGAAGAGACGGAGACAGUGUACACACCUGAACCCACAGGUUUGGCAGGCUCAAGAAUAAGAGAUUUUCACUGUAUCUACUAUGGGAAGGAGCACAUGGAGUGCACCUGGAAGUCAGGACCUGUCCAGCCUCCAAAUUCAGAGCACUACCUCUAUUACUGG